UUAUGUUUUCCUGGCUGGCGAGGCGGGGGAGGGGGCGCGCGGAACGAAGCGGAGCAGUGAUGGAGGAGAGGCGAGAGAGCGAGCGCGUGGUGAAGAGAGAGAGAGAGAACGAGAGGGAUCUGCACACAGACGCGGACCGCUGAGUGCCGUUUCACUUCAGGCGAGAGAUAGCCUCCUGCGUGGUGAAAGAGGGAAUCUGUGAUUUCUGGACUAAUAGAUAUCCUGCCAUUCCCGAGAAGAGAAUACGAACGGAUAAUAAAGAGCAAAGACGCACCGAAGUUCGGGAAGAAGGAGGUGACACUCACUGCAAAAUCUGGUUCAGUGAGAAAGAAAAACAGAGAGCGAAAGGGAAAACGAGAGAGAGGGAUAAACAUAAACGAGGACGAGAAGCGGGCCGUGUUUUGAGGGUUUCGGGGGAGUCUCUUCUCUCCUUGGGGCCUCGAAGAGGCGGCCAGCGACAGGAGGCGCGGGAGAGAGGACCACCCUCCCAGCAGGGACCAUGUACCCUCACGGUCGACCACAGGCUCCUUUGCUGCCUGGGCAGCACACUAAGUUCACUGUGCUUGAGACGCUGGAUCGCAUCAAGGAGGAGUUCCAGCUCUUCCAGGCCCAGUACCACAGCCUGAAGAUGGAGUAUGAGAAGCUGGCCAGUGAGAAGACGGAGAUGCAGAGGCACUCCAUCAUGUACUAUGAGAUGUCAUAUGGACUGAACAUUGAGAUGCAAAAACAGGCGGAGAUUGUGAAGAGGCUCACUGCUAUUUGUACUCAGAUCAUCCCGUUUCUGUCUCAGGAGCACCAGCAUCAGGUAGCUCAGGCAGUGGAGCGCUCUAAGCACGUCAGUAUGGCUGAACUCAAUGCUAUUAUUGGGCAGCAGCAGCUCCAACAUCUAUCCCAUCAUGCAUCUGGCUUCCCCCUAAUGCCCCACCCCUCGGGGCUCUCUUUGGGGGCGGGUUCAGGACUUGGGGCUCUUCCCGCUGCGCUGGGAUUCGCUGGACCCCUGAUGGCUAAAGAUGACCCCUCCCACAGCCACCCUGAUGAGCUGAGAGAUGGAACCUCAAGUCGGAGUAAGUCGGCAUCCCCGCUGCACAGUCCCCUGGAUGAUCGCCAGUUGGCAUCGCUGGCCGCUCAGAGGGAAGCAGUGCGAAGCCGAGCUGAGGAGAGAACCAUGGCUCCAGCACACAGUGACGAUGAGGGAGACAGGAGUGAGGUGGACGUUGGCAUGAGCUCAGAGGGCCAGAGACCUCGCCCCGGGGUGCCCCCCUCCCCCCCAGAUGGGAACGGGCUGGGGGGGCCACUGUCGCCCAGGAGGGUUCGUCCCAGAGGUAGCAGCCCCUCUACAUCCAGCCAAUCACAGUCCCCCACCGCGGGGAACAGCACCCACCUGGGACAGGUACACAUGGGAGGGGCACGAUCACCCUCUCCCCCCCGACGGGUGUCUCUGACUCCAGGAUCUCCUCUUCAUCCUCCUUCUCAUCCUCUCCCCCCUCCCGCUCGACACGUACUCCACCCCCCACCUCCCUCUAGAUGUCUGAGGAAGGCAGAGGGUAGAAGCUGCUUGUCCAUCAAUCACCUCUCUCUCUGCAUGUGUGUGUGUGUGUGUGUGUGUGUGUGUGUGUGUGUGUGUGUGUGUGUGUGUGCGUGCGUGGGUGUGUGUGUGUGCAAGGGGGGUGGCUCUGGUGCCUUUCUGCAGUGUCCUCACUCUCUAUUAACUCUCAGUUCAAACACAUCAAACACAUACACACACACACACACUUUUUUUCUCUCUCUUUCUCUCUCUCUCUUUCUCUCUCUCACACACACUCACACACAUACACAAAGCAAAAGACAGAUCACAGACGCUACAGCAGACACACACACACACACACACACACACACACACUCAAAAGCUAAGGCAUCAAAGCAAUUCUCAGGAGGCUGUUUGCAAAGAUGUCACCCAACUCCUUCAAUCAUGUUCCAAGCCCCUACUGUCUCUUCCUGAAAGUUCCUCCCUGAUGGACCAAUCAGGUCAGAGGUCACGCCCUUCACUAAGACCAUCCACGCAAUGCCCCUCCUCUCUGUGGCUGUUGGAUAAUCUUUCACCAAUCAGCAUAGACCACUGUGUAAGGACAAGCGUCGGUGGGGCUACUGGCGAAACCGCCCUCCUUCAACACUGUUUGUAUUUUUCUCUUGCUACUCUGCACGAAGCACAGCGGGGAAAGGACCUAACAACUAUUUAUAUUUUCCUCUGGAUUGAAAGACCCAGGCGUGUGGGGUUUACUUCAAGUGUCCACUGAAGCUUGGUUCACAACGAACUCAAAGGGAGAGCUUUCACUCACUGACCCCAAUUCAACUAGUAUAGAUGGGACACUCUCUCAUGCACAGCCAUAACAUCUUACUGCUGUCAACAGAUCCAUCUUUGUGGUCUAGUGUUCUUUCUCUCUGAUGAUACUCAUAGUGCUGUUCUUUAGCGGUUUCCUAAUUGGUUUCAGUGUUGAUUUGACAAUAAAGAACAUGGGACUUGG